CAGCCUCCGCACAGCGGGGACAGGCUGCGAACAAGACCCAAGAGUGAAGCCGCCCCUCUCUGUACCCCACAUAAGCACGUUUUCUCAACCUUCGCGCAGCUGCUUGUACUAGAAAGGGGGGUGAAAGUAAUGGCGCCCCAGAUUAGAGGCUCAGUUUCAUGUCUUUAGGAGCGGCAACAGUUUCCCGCCACUGGCAGCGCAGCGGGAACCAGGAGCGUUAGCCAGGAAGCUAACUGAGUGUUAGCGACAAGAUAAAACUGCUGGUUUAGUCGGGAUUGUCAGAGGAAGAAAAUGGAAAACGUCCCCCAGGAAGGAGUCGGCCCCCAAACGGAGCUCACUUCACCGCCCUCCCCAAAGCGAGCGAGGACAGGUUGUGCCGCGACAGAGGAGCUCCACAGGUUUGACUCUUCACAGCUCCGGACGUCUCCGGGUCCAAUCAGCCGCCCGUCCACAGGUGAUCUGCAGAAGGCCGACGUCCCCGAAGCAGCAGAGGGCGGGCCGCGUCACGAGGGGAAACCCGGGGGCCUCGCCUCAGAUGUUCCUCCUGCUACUCCUGUGACCUCUGUAGACGUGAAGGACGCUCAGUCCAAGUCGUAUGGGCCGUGUGUGAGUGCGGGAAGAGACGAGGAGUCUUUUGUGGUGGAAGAAACCGCUGAGCCGCCCACACCCGUCGUUCCUGACUACAGGCAGCUGGAGCGCUCACGUGAGGAUGACACUCCUGGGGGCUUUGGCGUCUGUCUCCAAAACAACGAGAAUCGUGGGACUCUAACUCCUCCCAGCCUCAUCCGGGCGGCUGACAGAGAUCUCUGUCACACCUUCAGCCCGCCGGCCGGUGCUGUGGAGAGUAAUCUGCAGAGAGAGGAGGCUCCUUUCACUGAGAGUCCACCUCUGAGGACAGCAGAAGGUGGCAGUCCCACGUCCUUAAGGGGAUCUCAAGACACUCUUCCCCUCCGCUCUGAUGGGGAAGGGAAAGAUCUCUCCCAGAAAUUAGACCUUCAGAUUUGUGAAAAUGUCUACAGUGAAGGAACUGAAGUCAACGAGAACGGCUUGAGCAAAACCUUCAUCGAAGGCUCUCAGGGAUCAAUGCCUUGUUGUGAGUUUGUGUCUGGCGGAAAUCUUUCCGUUGAAGAUGCGAGUUUUGAAAAACACGACCGCGUUGGAGCUGACCUUCCUGCAGAGGCUUCGGGCGCCGCUGGGAUCAGCCGAGAGCCCGCUGAUGGAGAGACUGAGGCGAGUGACCCUGGAGUCUGGAGCGAGACUGAACAGGAGGUGGAACGGCGGCUCUGUACCUCAGACAGCGCUGCGGGUGGAGAAUUACCUCCAUUAACUAAAGUCUGCAUGCUGGAAACAGCUCCGCCGCUUUCUGCUGAAGUCAGAACGUCACAGGAUUCACCCUCAGACCAGACCCAGCAGCUUCAGGACCAGAGGAGAACGCCGCAGCGGGGAGACGAAAGCAACAUCGCCCGUCAGACAGAACCGCCGGCUUGUCCCACAACAAGCAGCGUCACGCCACACCAGACCGACAACGAGGACUGCCGUCAGUGGAAACCCAGUCCUGCAGAGCCCCCUCCUGCUGGACACGAGGGGACAGAAGAAAUCUGGGACACAGCCGGGCCUCGCCCCGAAGAGCAGAGUCCGUCCAGCUGCUUGGCUGCCAGCCCCGACCCCCCAGAGACACGGGAGCUGCAAAACGCUCACAGCGAAGGCGACGGAGCGGAAGAGGCUGCCGGGAUCAAACGGACAGAGACGGAUGGACAAGCAGAGGAGUCAGAGGAAACGCCCGAGCUGGUAAAUCCACCAGGAGACCGCAAGAGCGAUGGGAGAGAAGGAGAGACGCACAAACGUGGCAGCAAGUCGGAGUGUGCUGACGGUGAAGGAGGAAGCCAGCUCGGCGGGGCUUGUAGGGCUGAAGGAGAGGAGCUCAGACAGGAGGGCAGGUUGGGAGGGGAGAUAAACCUUGAGGAGUGGGAGCGUUCAGAGGAGCAGGGAGAACCUGGAGAGGCCGCACCGAAACAGAGCGAGCUCCACCAGGACGCGAGCGGAGAGGCUCCUGGCCAAGAUGGCGGCGAGUGGGCGGAGAACAGGUUGACGCUCUGCAGCGGAGAAGAUCCAGACCAAAGCCUAGGUUGCUUCGCCGGUGACCAACACACACCUGACAUCUCCCCGCUCCGCCCUGUCCCUCCUACCACUGACGCGGUCGUCCCCUGCCCGUCUCAAGAUGCCCGCCGCAGCCCUGCGUCGCCGAAGCGCCGCCUCGGGUUUCUCCCGCCUGGCCUUGCUCCCUGCGGCGGCUUUGACACGUUUGAGAAGGUCGACCUCUCACCAGGCGACGGCGAGGAUGAGGAGGGAGGCCUGAGCACCAUGGCGGUCCUCACCAGCUCGCCCCGCCAGCUGCUGAACACACACCAGGAACAAGGAGAGCAGCAAGCGGCAGCGGGUGAGACGAGUGGGCAGCCGCUCGUAGAGGGAGGGGAGAAGGAGAGCCCCGGGUGUCUCUGUGACGACACGGAGAACAGACGUGUCUCCAGCGACAACGAAGUCCCGAGCUCCACCCCGGCCGCAGACGUCUCUGCGUCCGCGCGGCCAGAGAGAGCGCCCACCCGCGCAGCCGCCGGCGAUUUCUCUCCGUGCUCGCCCGCUGGAUUAAAGCCCCAUACGUUGUCCUCUCCUGUCCCCUCUGAGCGUCCCUCUUCCAGUCCCGGCAACCGCGUUGACUUUGAGAUGAAGGAGCAGUUCGGCAGGGUCCUACAAGAGCUCAGCUUGUUCUUUGAGAUCAGCAGGAACGAAGCGACGAUGGACUGCAGGCCGUCCUCGCCUGGGGAUCCCUGGGAGGACGACGCUUCAAACCCCACAGAGCCGCUCGGCCGCCCUGCAGCGGGACGCUGCGCUCUCACACCCACAGAUAAAGCCGUUGAAGACGACAGUCUGGCAAUCUGUGGAGUGGAUCCAGUGGUUUCCUGCCCCGUUACCAGAACUGAUGAUGGCGAGCAGGAAGUACCGUUUAACAGAACCCUGGAGCAGCGGGAACCAUCGAUGGGCACCGGAGAGAAGAACAAAGAGUCCCUGGAGGCGCAGCAGAAGGUUCAGGUUUGGUCUCCGUCCUUCAUGAGUCUGCCUCACUUGGAGCUGCUGAGCCACAGACCACCAGCAGAACAAAGGAGGCUGGAGCCUUUGAAAACGUGCACACGGCCAAUCAGGGUUGGACUUUCAAAAAGAGCCAAGACCAAGCAGCUCCAUCACGUACAUCCAUACAAAUAAAUACGGAGACAGGGAGACCCAGGCGUGUGCUUGUGUGGGGGGUAUGUUGGUUGUAACGUUCAACAGAUGAAAUGUUCUCUCUGGUUAAUUCACACAGGUUUUGUGAUGUUACAAAGUCUCACAUUUAUUAGUUGCGAUGGUUUUGUGCUUGUGUUGAAUUCCCAUCUGCUUAAAGCAACAGCAGCUUGGUGCCUCCUGAUGUAACCACUGCCAAAGUUAAAGCUAUUUACAGCCCACAUGUGCUUCAUAAUAUCCUAAGCAUAUACUAGUUUAACAUUUAUCUAUUUAUUUAUUUAUUUAUAUUUAAUAUUUAACUAUUUAAAACAUUGCUGUUGUAAUAUUUAUAUGCUAAUUUUUACAUCUUCUACAUGUACAUGAGAGCUCUUUAUUAAGACAGUGUUCAUUUUACUGCAGGCAUGUUUAAUGCUGGUUUUGCUGUAGGUAGGUACAUAUUGUUGCAGUUGUGUGUGGGUGUAUUUGGGUGAGGAUGUUCUUUGUGUGUUCUGUUAUUUAUUUAUUUUUUUUACCAUUAAACGAGUUUUUAACGCGUGUAAAAUCUCCUCGAGCAUUCAGUCGGAGGUCGGCUUG